CUGGCGCUGCUCCCGGCCGCCGCCGCUGGGCCGCGCGUGCGGGCGGCUCCGUGCGGGGGGAUUUGAAACAGCCGCUCCAGGGGCAGCGCAGCGGCGGCGGCCAAUCAGCGGCCCGGAUUUUUCGCGCUGGUUCUGGCCGGAGGAGGGGGCGGGGCUGCCGCGCAGGAUCGCCGGAGCCGCCGCCGUUGCCGCCGCUGUUGCCGUGUCGCUUCAGCUCCCGCCGCUGCCGUUGCUCCCCGGCACCGAGCUACCGCCGCCGCCUCCGCCCGGCUCUCGGGGGAGAAGGAUGCGCUAGGGCACAGCAGAGUAAGACUGGAAACAUCUGGGCUGAAUGGACUUUAGCAUCAAAAGAAGUUCUCAACUGUUAACUCGAAAAAUUAACUACAUCAAAAUGAAGCAGGUACCAGAGAUCCUUGGAAAUACCAAUGGGAAAACUCAGAAUUGUGAAGUGAAUCGUGAGUGUUCUGUCUACUUGGGCAAAGCACAACUUUCUGCCACCCUCCAAGAAGGUGUCAUGCAAAAAUAUAAUGGCCAUGAGACUCUUCCGUUUAUUCCAGCUGAUAAAUUGAAAGAUCUAACCUCUCGUGUGUUUAAUGGCGAGUCUGGGGCCCAAGAUGCCAAGCUGCGCUUUGAACCCCAGGAAAUCAAGGGAGUUGCAACACCACCCAACACUACUCCUAUCAAGAAUGGCUCUCCAGAAAUUAAGCUGAAAAUCACUAAAACAUACAUGAAUGGAAAGCCUCUUUUUGAAUCUUCCAUUUGUGGAGACAAUGGUGCAGAUGUGUCUCAGUCAGAGGAAAAUGAACAAAAGCCAGCAAACAAGGAGAGGAGAAACAGGAAAAGAAGCAUAAAAUAUGACUCCUUACUUGAGCAGGGUCUUGUUGAAGCAGCACUAGUAUCAAAGACUUCAAGCCCUACUGAAAAGAAGGCUCCUGCUAAGAGGGAUCCAACUCAAAGUAUCAUCAAAGAAGACAAAGUCCAUCUGUUGAAGUAUAAUAUAGGAGAUCUAGUGUGGUCAAAAGUGUCUGGUUUCCCAUGGUGGCCAUGUAUGGUUUCUGCUGAUCCUGUUCUUCAUUCCUACACUAAACUAAAAGGACAGAAAAAGAGUUUUCGUCAAUAUCAUGUUCAGUUUUUUGGAGAUGCCCCAGAGCGAGCCUGGAUAUUUGAGAAGAGCCUUGUGCCCUUCAAAGAAAAAGACCAGUUUGAACAGUUAUGCCAGGAAAGUGCAAAACAAGCCCUCACUAAAGCAGAGAAAAUAAAGAUGUUAAAGCCUGUUUCAGGGAAGCUGCGGCCACAGUGGGAGAUGGGUGUUAAACAAGCAAGUGAAGCAGUAGGCAUGACAGUGGAAGAACGGAAGGCCAAGUACACCUUCAUCUAUGUUAGGGACAGACCUCAUCUUAAUCCUCGAGUGGCAAAGGAAGUUGGCAUUGCUGUGGAACCGUUGGAGGAGAUAGAUGAGUCAUCUUACUCAAAUGAAGAAACCACUCAAAAUCUGAAAUCAAUGAAGGAGUCUGGCAUUCCUAACAAGAGGAGGAGAAGGACAUCAAAAUUGUCUGCCACUGAUGAUACGCAAGAAAGCAAUCAGCCAGGGACUAAGAAUACUACUCCUCAAAAGUCAUCUGAACAGGCAGAAUCCAAAAGAGGGAUAGGCUCCCCUCUCAAUAGAAAGAAAACUCCAGGAUCUACUCCACGAAGCCGAAAGGGCGAUGCAGUAUCUCAGUUUUUGGUCUUUUGUCAGAAGCACAGAGAUGAGGUGGUUGCUGAACAUCCAGAUGCUUCAAGUGAGGAGAUUGAAGAAUUGCUGGAAUCGCAGUGGAACAUGCUUAGUGAAAAACAGAAAGCUCGCUAUAACACAAAGUUUGCCAUAGUGACCUCUCCCAAAUCUGAAGAAGACUCUGGUUCAUCAUUGAAGAAUAUUGGAGAGGCCAAACGUAAAGUGUUUCAAGACUCACCUAAAAGGAGAUCAAGAUCCAGAAGUAACUUACAUGGAAAUAAAAGAAACCAAAAAAAGAGGACAAAGGAACCUACAGAAGAUUUUGAAGUUCAGGAAGCACCUAGGAAAAGACUCAGGAUGGAUAAACAGAAUAAUCGGAAGAGGGAGACAAGCAAUGACAAAACAGCAAAAACAAACUCUUCUAAGGUCACAGAAACCUCCUCUUCACAAAAGAACCAGUCAGCAACGAAAAAUCUGUCUGAUGCUUGUAAACCUCUGAAGAAGCGAAAUCGGGCUUCAGCAGCAGAAUCUUCAACUCUUGCUUUUAGCAAGAGUUCAUCUCCUUCAGCUUCCUUAACUGAGAAUGAGGUAAAAAAAAAGUGGUGUUUGCACACAGCCAUUUAAUUACAGAAAUUUUCAGGUGUGAAUCUUGUUUAAAAACAAAAUCAAAGGCGAAUUCUCUAACGUUGGUGCUCUAGACAAGUUACAGUUUUGGCCUCUGUGAAACCUGUUAAUGUGUGCAUUGCAAAUUCAUUUAUUGUAAUACGAACGUCUGAUUUGGGGACGUCGAGAUAUUAUUGUGGUUUUUAAUGUAUUUACCAACAAAGUUUUAGAAUUGUAACCUUCUAUUAGAGGCAAAGUAAAUUGCCGGUGUGUUCUGUAUUUUCUUCUACAGACUUUAUGUAAGUGUACUACAUUAGUUACAUUAUGUAACUCAAUAUCGUCAUGUUGCCAUAGCUUUUAUAUUGAAGCAACUUUCCUGAUCCUCUGAUCUAGAACUGGACACUUUUCUGAGCAGAGCCCCUUCAAGCUCAAAUUAGUUUUCAGGCUAAGUGCUAUUUCUCUGUGAUGCAAAUAGCUUCAUUCCCAAUAGAGCUAAACAGGCAGUGAAGGAUGAAUCUUUUUGAUACUUACUAAUCAUAGUCUUACCUCUGCAUAUUUGGAACUGUAAUUCUUCUCAAUUGACAUACAAUAAAUGAAAUGUAUGUACCAGAAGUGUGUUCAUACAAUCCAUUAAACCAUUCUCCGAGUCAUCUACACUGUUAAAACCAAUCAGCCAAAGAGUGGCAGCAUGAGGGUGAAGUACGCAUGCUGUUUUGCAGGUGGAAUCAGAAAUGUAGUUGGUAGGAUUUAGUAAAAUAUCUAUAGACAAACGGCUUCAAGCAGUUUGUGUUACAAAAGCUGUAGAGAAAGUACUUGCCUGCUAACAAGGGAGUAGGGCUUCCAGCUAUCCUAGAGACUCAUCUCCCCUAACAAAUGCAUGAGGUGCUUAGACACUAUAAUGAAUGCAGUUAAAAUAUCUAGGCAAUGUUCAGUACAUGGUUUACAUUUUGGGUGGGGAAAAAAGAUUGCAUGUUAAUGGCUGUAUAUCCUACUGUAACUGGAAAAAUAUUUUAACAGAAAACCCUACUGAAUUCUCCCUUUUGUAACCCAAUGAAACAAGCAAAGGAAGUCCCACAGGAAAUAAUAUCCAUAGCAGCAGUCAAAGCAAUAUUUGUUCUCAUUUUGUUCUCUGGAUUAAGAGACUCCCAUCUAUUGACUUACCACAGCUUCUGCUGUGUUGGCUUUACUGCUGGGACUUGCUGUGUAAUGGCUGUUUGUAUUUGGGGCCAUCUAUUCAGCCAGGCCAGUUUAAAGAACAUACGGUCUUUGUGGCUCUAAAUAGUGUCUCUAAAUGUUGUAAUCUUGGGAGAAAGAAUCUUCUGCUAUAUGGUGUUUAUAAACUGAAAUCUCCAGAAAUCUUUCUCAACAAAAGACUAGGUUUUUUUUUUAAUUUUCGGUUGUGACUUAAAUGGUUCACAUGUGAAAAAGGGUAUGGUUAUAUAGGCUGAGAUGGAAAUUUUUAAAACUUUAGCUCUUAAUUUACUCAGUUACUGCUAAACAGCAGAAGAUGUGAGAAAGUAUCAUACACUGCUUACAGAACACAGAUACAAAAAACUAGAAAAGGAAUUAAUUGUUUUCAAGAGUGUAAAAGGUUUUAAAAUAUCAGAACAAUCCCAAUCGACAUAACAGGAAAUAACACCCUGUCAAAUAACAGAGAUUUUGCAGGGCUGGGUGCAUCAGGGACUGGAUUAGUGGGCUAGAUCCUUAGAUGGUUUAAAGCUAUACUAACCUGAACCUAUACCAACUAAGGACUGGACCCAGUUUCAUAUAAUAAUAAAUACUUUUUGCCUUUAAAUAAAACACAAAUGUCAGGCAUGUGUUUCUGAACUUACUAUUGAUUUAUUCUACAAAACAAGGAAAGAUGUAAAUUUUGGAUUGUGUGGGUGGCUUUAAAAUUUUUUUCCCCUUUUGUAUUAUUAUUUAGCACUUGUCUAAAUGGUUAAAUAUGUGUGUGCCCUGAGAGCAGUCAUCCAGAGAGGAACCUUCUCCAGAAUGCUAAGGGAAAGAGUUUAAAAAAUAAAUACAAUCAUGCAAUGAUGAAAGCUGUGCACAGCUAAUUGAAUAGGAUGUAAUUCUGCUCAACAUUAAAUACAUUUACUGUUUAACUUUUAUAUUUCUGUGUUCACUGUAAUACUUCUAAAUGUUGUUUAGAUGCUCUCUUAACAAAGAUAGAAAAAAAUAUGCAUAUUCCACAAGCACAUACACCUCCACAAGCAAUGCUAAGUGGAUUCUGACCUUUUUUUCCCCUCUCCUUUCCCCGCACGCCCCCCCUGCCCCCCACCAUUUGUGGACAGCUGGUUCCAGAAUGGAACCUGGAUAUGACUUAUUUGUCAAGGACUGUUGCUAGCUGCACACCUUUUAAAUGUCAGUUCAUUGCAACUAAGUUGUAGGAAAGGAGUGUUCAGUGUGAAGGGUGUGCUCAGUUUUUUUUGUUUGUUUGAAAGAUGCAUCUUAUUUGACAUUUUUAAAAAAUAUUUUGGAUACUUUUUAUUGUUAUUGGGGGAAUUUUUUAAUGGGGUUUACUUGAAAUACUGUAAAAUUAGUCAAGGCCAAAUUUUCAAUUGAUAGUUACUUUGGGUAUGUAAUGUACAGGGGAGAGAGACAGGUGGAGGUGUGCGCUACUGCCAUAAGAACAAGCAAACAUUUAUAGACCUAACAUAUCAGGGAUUAAAAGGUAGGCUUUCACUCCCUUCAAAAAAUUGGGUUUUGAAGUCGUUUUAAGAUGGAUGGACAGAAACAGUAAGGUGUUUAUACAUGAAUGAAUAAAUUUCAUUUCUGCAUUUAAUCUUGAAACAAAAGACUUAAUUUUACUUCUAGGCACUUGACAUCAGUAAUCAUUUCCUCCAGUGCUUCAUGUGAAAUACGAUUUUAUUUAAAAUCUAAAUUCUUAAUGAGCAACUGGUAGGGCCAGAUGUGAGAAAGAAACUCAACACUUCGGAGUCUGCAAAAGCUCGGAGUAGUUUUUUACUGCCUCUGUAAGACUUGGUGUAACCAUCCAAAAUUCAUGUUAUUUGUGAGAAGAGAUACAGGUGGUGUAUUCUCAUUUUUUACCUUGGCCCUCCACCUCCCAACAAUGUAGUAGGUGCCAGUAAAGUGUAACCAGUAUUUUUUUAAUAAAUAAAAAAGGCUUUACAUUACCAUUACUACUGGAUUAUUGGCACUUUGUGUGUUUGCAUGAAACAUACCUGCUUUAGCUGUUCAGUUUUUGUGGUUAUCGGCUGGCUUCAUUAAAUUGGAUGGAUUUGUUGACAGUAGAUAAGUAUCGUAGUAUUCUGCAGAGUCUAGAUACUGCUUCUGAACUUUGGCAAAGAAACUGUAAUUUCUUUCUAAGAGAGGACAAAAUAAAGAACAUGUAAUACUUUAAAUUCUUAGCUAGCCUGUUAUUCAUCGUAUCUUCAUCAAGUAUGAGCUGACCAGCAGACGGCAGUUUAAAGAAGCCUGUGAAAGAUUUUGAAAGUGUUCCUUUUAUCAUAAGUUCCUUGUAUCCUCCCUAGAGGGAUUUCUUGUUUCUGUAACAUCCAGUGUCAAAACAAGCUGGUUAUAGCUACAACUUCUUGCAUUUCUAAGGCAUAAUAAUGCAAGUUAUAAUAAUGCAAACCUGAAGUUUUGCUCUUUUUCUGCAUAUUAAACAGUGUAAUUUUUUCACAUUACCAAUUUGAGGCAGAUUUGGUUUAGCUGCAUUUUUAAAUGGGUAUUAACAUGUAUACACAAUGGAGAAAACAUGCAAUUCUUAAAAGGUAAGGUAUUUAAUCGAGAAUGCAGUCAUAAGACAUGUGCAACUUGGAACAGAAAAGUAUGUCAGCUCCAUUUAUUAACCCUAGAGUCUAGUUAUCCUACAGUAUACAACUGAAAUAUUCUAAGCACGCAUACUGAAGGUAAAAAUAACUGUCUUUGAGAUCCUAAGAACAGGAAGGAAGAAAGGAAUUCAUGCUCUUUUAAACAAACUACUGCCCUAAAGAAAAAAUAGUUGAAACUAGCCUUGCAGGUUGUUAAGCGAAAUCAGUGUGCUUCUAGCAUUUCAUUCUAGCUUCCUAAGAAGAUAAUUUUCUCUUCAAAACAAUACUUAAGGAUAAUUUAAUAUAUAGUGCCACCUUAAAUCCUCUGACUUAGCAGACAGUUCUUUCCUGUGUUUAUUUCUUUAUGCCUAUAGAUAUUUUUCCCAUCCCGUUUCAAAGCAGCAGUAAGCUGUCAGGGGUACGUUUUUGUGGAACACUGCGAGUAAUUGUCUCUUGCUAAACCUCUGCUAAAGCCUCUAACAAAUGAAAUGACCUGCAUUGCCCACCAGAUCGUACAGUUUUGUUACAUUGCUUCUACUUUGACAUGGAAAAAAAUUCUAGGCUUGGCUCUGUUCUUUGGCAGCACGUUCGGUGUAGAAAAUUAAGUUUCUUCUGUAAUUAUUUUCAUCCUGUGUAUGACUUAGGCUUCAGAAUGCAGAGAAUCUGUUUACUGAAUGUUUACCUGAUGUAGGUUUUUAUUCCACAUCCCCUACCAAAGUAUCAUGAGUAUCUGUAGGCAAUUUUACAAUGUUUUAAAGUGUUCUGAUAGUUUUAAUUAACUUUCCAGGCAAAUUCAGAAAUGCAUAAUAUCCUUAUCUGAAACGUCUUAACUCCUGCUAAUAAUAAAAAUGAAACCUGUCCCAGGCCGUCUUUUUUUGCUAUUAUAGUACUGUGUACACUUGUGGCACCGCAUACUUAAAGAAUUUAUCUAGUCUAGCAGUAUGGGCCAAAAUAUCAUUCUUCAUUCAGUUCAGGAAUUCUUAUACUGAAAUAAAGGAAAUGUUAACUGUAA